GAAGGAAGGAAGGAAGGAAGGAAGGAAGGAAGGAAGGAAGGAAGGAAGGAAGGAAGGAAGGAAGGAAGGUAGGCCGCCCUUCCCAGGUGACUUAUCACAAAAAUUCAUAGUUAAAAUUAGCAAUCAGUUCCCAGUAGUGCCAUAAAAUCAAUUCUGAAUGAAUCAAGGGAGAUAGGAAAAAUGGAGAAUGGGAAAGAACAAGAAGAAAGGGGAAAGAGGGGAAAGGAAGAGGGCAAAGAUAUAAAGGGAGGCCAGCAAUGUUGGACUGCCUUUGCUGCCCUCAACCAUAGGCCUGCUGGAAUACCUCUGUCUUCCAAGUCCUGUGGAACUAUGAUAGGUUCUCGUUGGGAAACUAAAAGAACCACUUUUGUCUGAUUCCAGAGGGGGAGCUGUGUUAGUGCCCUGCAGCCGGAACCUGAUGUACGGAAGGCUCCUGUAUGAGGGCAUAAUCUUUCAUGAAUCAGAGCCUGCUUUAUUCAGACGUGCCAAGAAGCACGGGCUCUGGCUCGUGACGCAGCCACGUUCGUUUUUCAGGUGCCGCAAGAUUCUUCCUUGUUUUGACAUGGACUCUUGCUUGUUUUCCUCUCUCUUUCCCCUGCAGGUUUGUAUGCAGCUUAGUUUACUACGGUCUUACUCUCAAUGCGGGUGACCUGGGAGGCAGCAUCUAUGCCAAUCUCGCUCUUUCUGGGCUGAUAGAGAUCCCUGCCUACCCGCUCUGCAUCUACUUGAUUAAUCAAAAAUGGUUUGGCCGGAAACGGACCCUUGCAGCGUUUUUGUGCCUGGGAGGACUGGCCUCUCUCGUUGUCAUGUUUCUUCCUGAAAAGAAAGCUGCAGGAGUGUUUGCUUUUGUAAACAGCCGGUCCUUGUCUUUACUGGGAAAGCUGACCAUCAGUUCUGCAUUUAACAUUGUGUACAUCUACACGUCAGAACUCUACCCUACUGUGAUUAGGAACGUCGGAAUGGGUGCCUGUUCCAUGUUCUCCCGAAUCGGAGGGAUUAUUGCUCCUUUCGUUCCAGCUCUGAGAUCUGUGCAGUGGUCUCUGCCUUACGUCGUGUUUGGAGUGAUGGGCUUGCUGUCGGGCUUGCUGAGUCUCUUGUUGCCCGAGACCUUAAACAGCCCGUUGCUGGAGACGAUAUCGGACCUGCAGGUUUGCUCUUAUCGGAGGCUGGGCAGUGAAGCUGUGGCCCUGCAGACGCUGGAGGGCUCCCGGUCUGACCAAGAAAGCUCGGCGGGAAGCGACAGCGAAGACGAAGAGUUCUACGAUGCAGAUGAAGAGACUCAAAUGAUCACGUGACGAUCGAGAAAACACCUCCGUUUAGUCACCGCCUUUUAAAACUCUGGUCAGCCUCACCUGAACAAAUGUAAACGUGGAUAACAAUGGAAGUGGGCGGAAAAGACUUGGAGUGGCACCAUUCCGCCUGCAUCAGGAGAGAAACAGAAUCUAUCCCUCACUGAUGCCUGCUCUGUCAGACGGAAACCCACCCCAGUUCUGGGCGAUGUCGGAAAUGCAGCGGGCGCAGGAUAGGACACUAUUUGUGAAACCUAACAAUUGUAGCCAGAUUU